AACGAAGGAUUACAGAAGCGGCACAGCAUCCAAUCACGAGUACCCCGAAUACCCUCCCAUUAACGCAGCCACAGAUCAAGGCAUACAUAAGCCUUUGUAACUUGAGUGCUUUCACAUGGACCUUUCCUUUCCUUAUAAUAAGAAUCAGCGGAUGAGAAAGUGUUGAAAUGAACAUGCCUCCCGCGGUCAUCUUGUAUCGCUACGAUGGCUCGCCGUUCAGCGAAAAAGUUGAUCAUGCUCUGUUGCUCAAGUCUGUACCCCAUCAGAUAGUUCAUGUUUCACGGGUCUUACCUCGCCCCGAAAUCACGAACCUACUAGGAUUGAAUUACCGUCGUAUCCCAAUCCUAGCAAUCGACAACGAUAUAUACUGCGAUACGAGUCUCAUCAUCCCAGUCUUGGAACGCCGGUUCCCUCCCUCUACUGGCAUCUACGGUUCUAUCUUUCCUCCCAAGAAACAUGGUGGUAGUGCAGACACCGGAUUGGUAAAAGCCUUCGCGAAACAUUACGCUGAUUUUACCCUCUUUCCUCUCGCACCUGCGUUCAUUCCAUGGGACAAAAUUCCCAGGACCUUUAUUGAAGACCGGUCGUCGCUUCGCGGGCACCCAAUAGACGUCGAAGGGAUGAUUGCAUCCCGAGGGAAAUCCUUGAGUCUCCUUUCUGCGCAGUUGGCCCUUAUCGAGGAGCAAUUGAAGGACGGUCGUGAAUGGUUAUUCGACACUGAGUUACCGAGUCUAGCGGACGUGGCUGUUCACUUCGUCUUUGACUGGUUACGAUCGUUUCCCAACGCCGGACCGCUUUUCAAUGAAACCAAAUAUCCAAACUCGCUAAAGUGGCUUGCGAGGCUGUCUCAAACUUUGGCUAGGGCGAAAGAGGAGUACAAUCCUCAGCGCAUUGAUGGGGCUGAUGCAGCGAAAUCAAUUGCUUCUGCUCCUUUCGAACCCUACGAUGUCGUCGGUUUUGAUGACGUUGAAGGCAGCAGGCUAGGAGUGAAAGCUGGACAGACUGUUGCUAUAAUCGCGGACGACACGCCCAAGCUGCGCCCAACCGUCGGGAAGUUGGUUUCUUUGAACGACGAAGAGUACUGCAUUGAGGUGAAAGGGGAAUCCGGAAUAUUCCGUGCCCAUUUCCCCCGGAUCGGAUACACUGCUAAACACGAUGCCGACGCUGCUAAUAGCAAGUUGUGAUCCGUGGUUUGCUACAGCCUAACUGAUAAAUAUAACGGCUCCUUCCACUGAGAUGGCGCUGGCGCGCAUAGCUCUGUUAAGUAAUGCUUUACUGUGAAUCCGGGUUGGUCCGACCGGGCACCCGCCGUAUAAGCGCCC